AUGAUUGCACCUAGUUUCGAGAAACCUGGAGCUAUAGAAAGCUCGGGACCCAAGAGAACUAUCACAGAGGUCGAAACAAGCGCUCAAAAUGGCGUCGAAACGAGUAGCAGCGGGCCUGCUGCUGUACCGAAUACCACACCAGAGGAAACGUCACCGGUCAAGAGAGUGUGUCGAUUACCUGAAUACAAUUUCCUAAGAUUCUGCUACCGUCACAAUCCCGACAUCCAGCAGUCACCCACGCAUACUGCAUGUUUCCAACAGGAUCAACAACGGCGCGCUGCGUUGCGCAGCAAGAUAGAAAAAUUGGAGCCCGAGGACCAACAGUUGGCGGACUCAGUGCUGUCCAGUUUUUUGGGCUGCAACGACAAGAUUCGUCGACUGGUGUUGGAGGGCGUUCUGACCAAUUGCUGUUUCCCACAGCUGUCAUUCAUGGCGUCUGAAAUCCGAAAUUUGAUCAAAAUCGACUUUAUCAGUAUUCUUCCCGAGGAAGUGUCACUCAAGAUUCUUGGAUAUCUCGAUUGCCAGAGUCUGUGUAAUGCUACGCAAGUGAGCCGGCGGUGGAAACAGCUGGCCGACGACGACAGAGUGUGGUAUCACAUGUGCCAGCAGCAUAUCGAUCGCAAAUGCCCGCACUGCGGUUGGGGGCUUCCACUACUGCAUAUGAAAAGAGCCAGAUUUAUCGAUACUCGCGACAGUGCGACCAAAAAGGCUCCAACAGGCGGGAAGGACGUCGCUAGUAGCGCGGUUCCCACUAAAAGUGCCAAAAAAACCAGACCCUGGAAAACUAUAUACCAAGAGCGCUACAAAGUGGAAUCUAAUUGGAGGAAAGGAAAUGCCCACAUACAAGUGUUCAAGGGUCACAUGGACGGCGUUCUGGUAUUGCAAUUCAACUAUAGACUGCUUUUCACAGCUUCGUACGAUUCUACAGUGGCGAUUUGGGAUCUGGCCACGGGCAAGCUUGUCAGAAGACUCACAGGCCAUCGAGACGGGGUCAAGACCCUGUAUUUCGACGACCAGAAGCUUAUCACCGGGUCGCUAGAUCGAACCAUUCGGGUCUGGAACUAUGUCACGGGAGCUUGCGUCUCGACGUACCGUGGCCAUUCCGACAGCGUGUUGAGUGUGGACUCGUGCAAGAAGAUUAUCGUAUCGGGAUCGGCUGACAAGACCGUCAAAGUAUGGCACGUCGAGUCGCGAACGUGCUACACCCUACGUGGCCAUUCGGAAUGGGUUGGAUGUGUCAAGCUGCAUCCCAGCAGUUUCACUUGCUUCAGUGGUAGUGACGACACUACGAUUCGAAUGUGGGAUAUUCGGUCAAACACUUGCAUCAAAAUCUUUCGCGGACACGUCGGCCAAGUGCAGAAAGUUCUGCCGUUGACUAUUCUCGAUACAGACCAAUUAGUGGUUGAUCCAUCGUCCGAUGCAAAAAGUACGCCUGCAGCGGACGAAGAAACUUCGGAAACCGGUGUCACUGGCGUGAUGGACAAAUCACUGACAUAUCCAACGCAUCUACUGUCGUGCUCAUUGGACAAUACUAUCAAAUUAUGGGAGGUGCGCACGGGCAAAUGUGUGCGCACGCAUUUCGGCCAUUUGGAGGGCAUCUGGGACAUCGCCGCAGACAAUUUCCGCAUUGUCAGCGGGGCACACGACAAGACCGUAAAGGUGUGGGACUUGCAAAGCGGCAAGUGCAUCCAUACCUUCGAUAGCCAUAAGGCACCUAUAACAUGUGUGGGCAUCGGCGAUUCAGAGUUCGUGAGUGGUGAUGAACUUGGAUGUGUGAAGUUACACCGCUUUGAUUAA